UAGAGAGAGUGAAUGGAGGGAGGGUGUGUAAGUAUAAGGGAUUAACGCAGGCUGUGAGAGGAGGGACGAGGAGGAGGGAAGGCCAUGGGAGUGUGUGAGUGUGUGUAGGUCACGCACUGCUUAGUAACUCCCCGCCACCUCUCCCUCUUCCUUUCACCCACCACCACCACCACCACCACCACCACCACCACCACCACAGAAAACGAACGAACAAACACCGUAGUAAACAGAAAACAAAAAUAAUGAGAAGAAAAAUGCCACCAACAAAGACUGAUUAUAAUUAUUUCUUUGAUUUCCCAUUAAAAAAAACAACAACAACAGCAGGUCUUUCAUGCAGAUAAAGAAAAUUAAACCAAGGAAAACUAUAAUCUAAAUGGAAAACAGAAACUAAAUGGACACAAAACACAUGAAUGAAACCAACAUAAAAAAAAAGUGUGAGCAAAGCGAAGUGUGACAUAUGAGACGAUACAGAUAAAAAAGAGAUAGAAAAAAAAAAAACAUGUGUGAAGUGCAAGGUCCCGGAGGCGCCCCUGGGAGUAAUGCAGGGAAGGGAAGAGCCUCUACACCCCCCGGGAGGCUCAGUGUUUCAUCAUCAGAGUCCGAAGAGAAAGCUCCAAAACACUCUCUGCUAGGUUCCUCCGAGGAUGGUCUUUCAAAUGAGCCUGCUGAAGGAACAACGAACUCCCGUGACGAUUCUGAAGUGGAGGUGGAAAAAGAAAAAGAGGAGGAGGAGGAGGACUCAUCAUCUGAAGUCGUUGUAGUGACGUUGAACAUAGUGGAAAAGAAAGAGGAUGAUGAUGGUGAUGAUGAUGAAGAGGAGGAGGAAGAUGAAAAGAAAAAGAUAAAUGACAAAACUAAGAUAGGGGAGAUAAAUACAGACGAAAUGAAGGUGAAAGAACGUAUGGGAAGCGAAAGUGAAGCCAAAGAAGUGCAAGGUUGUGUUUGUGAUGAGAAUGAGAUAGAAAACCUGGAGAACGAACGGCGGGACGAGCUACUGGAAAACACACUGAAGAGGGAGAGUGGGAUGAAGGAAGACAAAGUGGAGGAAAACAGCCCAGAAAAUGAUGAGGGGGCUUCCGCUGCUGAUUCUCUGAAGGAGGUCAAGCUACAAAAGCAAAAUGAGGACGAGAAAGAAGAGAAAGAGGAGGAGAAGAAGGAUGGUAAAGAGCAGAUACAGAAGGAAGUGAUAGUGAAGGAGGAGGAGAAGAAAGAGAAGGAGGAAAUGACGAGCAAACACAGCCUUGAAGACCAAAAGAGAGCCAAGGAAAAGGAGGAGGAAACGAAGGAGAUUGCAAAGGAAAAGGAGAAGGAACUGGAGGAAACAAAGGAGACGAAGGAAAAUGAGAAGCAAGAGGAGGGGAAGGAGGCGGAAGGAGUUGACCCAUUUAGUGCAAAGUGCGCGAUGGAAGAGCCACGACCGCCAACAACAACCAAAGUUUCCAAGACUGUCAACUUCCUGGAGAGUGAACUGAAGGCGAUCAGCGAAAGGAAAAGACACACCAUCAACUCUUACACAUCCUCUUCCUCCUCCUCGUCCUCGAAGCCUAAGGAGACAGGAGAGGCGAAGGAUGAGGACGUGUUGGAGAGAUUGGAGGCGGACGAGAAGACAAGCAAACACUGGACAAUAGGAGAGGGCAAUCCUGUCUAUCGUCUCUCACUCAAGCUCUCACCGAACCUGUUUAACGUGACGGAUAUCCCUGGGGCAAACCAGCACAAGGAGGCGGACAAAGCGGGCUUCCUGACCAAGCUGAGCGGCCGCAGUUUCCCAUACAUCGCCCAGUGGAAGCGUCGGUACUGUGUGCUGUCCAAGGGGCGCCUCUAUUAUUAUGAGAAGGAAGACAGCAAGGCGGGAGACAAAUCGAACGGAGUGAUCCAGCUGGAGUACUUCGACCAAGUGGCGGAGGCGGGGCCCAAGGAGUGUAAGAAAGCCACCAAUGUCUUCAUCAUCACUUCUCAGGACCGGAGCUUCUUUGACCCCGGUCGUCACGUCUUCUCCGCGGACACCCUGCCUGAUAUGAAAGACUGGAUUCGGAAGCUACAAGCAGCCCUCGACCAGAUACGAAACAACAACCGACCUGCUGCCUCCACCUCGCCCUCCGCAUCUCCUUCCGCCAAAGAGGGGGGAGGGAAGAGGAAAGACGAGGCAGCAGAGAGUAAGGAAGGCAAAGGAAGUCAAACUCAAACUGCCACCGCUACUUCCAAAGAGAGAAGGAAGAAAAAAGAGCAGGACUCAAGUCGUCCUCGCAAGUCUUCUAAAACGGGGGUAUCAAGCCAGACCCAGACCUCGAUGGGGGAGCCUCCGGCCAGCGACGCGCCUGACGGGGGACGCCCAGCCAUGACAAUUCCCAAGGGUGGGAUCAUGCUGCCUGGGUUCUCGUCUCGGAAGGAUCCUCAGCCGACUAACAGAGCACCGGAGAGGAGGAGCGGCGACGGUGAGGCGGAGGAAGACUUGCCCCAGGCGGGUCCCACGCUCACGUGCGUCACCAAGCAGAGAGUGAAAGGGCCUCAAGGUCGCCGGGCUCCACAGAGCCGGCGGAAGGCGGCGGCGGCCCUCAAGAAGCGGGCCAGCUCACUGUCAGCUCUGGAGCACCAGGACGCCAGCGAUAACAGAGAGGCGCCGUGGCUGAACCGUUCUCUGGACGUGCUGGAGGGAGGCAACCCAUGGGGAGGCAAACAGGUGGGUAGCGCGGUGCCAUCCUCAGCACUCCCCUACAAGGCAUACAACUAUUCCACCGACGAGGAAGACAUAGACGACGACCAGUCAGACUCUUUUCCUGCAUCUGCCUCGGGGAUGCCACCGCCACCACCGCCUCCCAGGUCGGCUUCCUAUGGACUGGAAUUGAUGAGGUCCGCAUCUCAGGGCCGCGUAGCGCCCAGAGGACGCAAGAUGCAGCGCUGCUCCCUGGAUGACGCUCGAGGCUCCCAGGCAAACCUCGGAGGCUCCAGGGACUCUCUGGGUGGGUGGCGCGGAUCACAUGGGGAGGCUUGGGGCCAAAACGGACGCGCCUCUCCUGUCAUGGACGACCUGGACAACAUGCUGAUGAACCAGAGCGUCCAGCACUCCAGCGCCGCUCUGGACUCAAUCAGCGACGCAGGUAGCGAAGGCAGCAGCACCUGCCGCGCUGCCGACCAUCAGCAACCAGCUGCCGGCCCAGACCACUGUCUCCACCACCACCACCACCAUCAUCACAAAAUGCAGCAGGGCCAACAGUCUCGCAAGAAGCCUCAAGACUUGGGUCGCUUCACCACUGCGGUGAGGCACUUGCAGCGGCACGUGGUAGAGAUCGACCGUGCGGUGUUUGCUGUGACAGGCGACGUGACCUCCACCAGGCGGGAGGUGGCGACGCUGCGCGAGGCUGUGGCAGCACUGCAGGCCGACGCCCACACCAUCACCACCACCCUCUCUAACCUGACGGAGGAGGCCAUCACAGCUCAGCAGAAAAUUGCUUACGCCACGCAGAGGGCUUCGGUGCAAUGGAUUACAUCACGUUUGACUGUCAAUUGCGAGGGCGAGCGGGCAGCACAAGAGAGUCAGUGUGUCAGUCACCUUGGUUCUCUCAGGAGGGGCGCGGCUUCCGGCUCUGAUUGGCGUGGAGUGAAAGUGGAUGCUGAGCUUUACGGUGGCAAUAUGGCGCCACACCCUUCCCUCCACCAGGAGGCAGAGAAGGUGCAGCUCACGGAGGAGGUGCUAUUGGAGGCAGAGCAGGCGAAGCAGGAACAGCUGAGGUCAAAGAGGGAGUACGAGGAGCUAGUAGCGGAGAUGAAAGUUGUUCUUCAGUUUUUCAAAGAAGCAAACUCUGUCUCCGUUCAAGUUCCUAUUCAAGAUCCCGCCUCAAGUACUGCUCCUGUUCCAACAGCUAAGUCCUCAUCCAGCCCCCAAGGGGGCAAGGGCUCCACCGGUUACCAGUCCCUCUUUUCAAAGUCGUCAAGCAUCAUCUCGGGAUUCACCAGCAGACAUUCCCUCACCAAGUCUGUCUCCUUCGCUGCUGAACAAAAGGAGAAACGCAAAAGCGACCGACCAGAAAACAAAGCCAACAGUUUAGAACGGAAUAAAAAGUACGACAAAAAGGACAAAAAAGAUAGCAAAUCUCAGGUGUCAGUCCAAACCUCCAAGGACAAGAAAGACAAGCAUUCUGAUGCAAUGGAUAAAAAGGACUCAAUACAACAGCACCACAAACAAAAGCCAUUUUCAGAGGCAAGCCUAGGUCAUUUGCAUCAGUUGGAGAACGGCGAGAGCGAAACCAAGAAGACAUUCACUAGCUUAGAGAGGCGGGAGCGGCGACUAAGGGAUAAACGAGCACAUGUUAUCUCUCCACUCUCUCUCGAGGACAUUCCAAUGGCUGACGAUGCCACGCACGAGCAUGAUGCCAAAAGUGAUCCAAUGGCGUCCUCAGUAGAGUCAGACGCCUGCGAAGCGCAGUCCCAGAAGGCGUCCUUCAAGCAAACUCUCAGCAUUACUUUGGGUCAAUCAUCCACAGCUGCCACCGGAGCUUCUAGUCGUCCCCAAAUGUUGGCGGUGAGUCGCGAUCGUCACAGCGCCGAUCUCUCAACAUCUAACACCUCACCAGAGUCGCCUUUACCACCCAACUCUAGCACACGACCUGGCUCCUUCCUCCCCACCCUGGAGGAAUCUCCGCCAGUGUCCGGAGCUGCGUCCCUCUCGUCGCUGCACCAACCGGGCUCAACCCCUGGACCGCAGGCUCGGCAGGGAGCCAUAAGCACUGUGCAUAAAGACCGUCCACUAAGCUCUUCUCAACAAAGCAAGCGAGCUGGCACGUUUGCAAUCAGCCGCCAACACUCCUCGCCCAACAUUCCCCUCCAGAGGCAGAACUCGGGCUCAGCAUUCCCCAUCCAGCGGCAGCAGUCGCUGGGAACAGUGCCAGAGGGCCGCCUGCCGCGCCAGGAAUCCCUCACAUCAGUGCCAGAGGAGCGUCUUGUCGUGGACCGCACACUCCCUCUCUCGCCUUCGCCAUCUUUGACCUACUUUCCCCUCUCUUCUACCCCUUCCUCCUCCACCCUGAGUGAUUCGGCUCGGCGUGCCGCGAGAGAGUCCAUGGAGUUAGUGACGGGGCCCGUACUAGCGGGCUCUUCCAUCCAGGAGGCCAACGCUACGGGCACACUUCCAGUUCUGCAUCUGGAUGAGCAGAAUAUGCAGCCUGCGGCGACCUCCACCCUUAAGCGAGCAUCCCAGUCUCAUUCUGACAAUAUUGGUAUCCUUGUGUGACCCGCGCUGUCUCAACUUGGACAGGACCGAAUACUCCCGAGACACACUCAACUUGUUUAGUGUAAUGUUGUUUUCCACAGACGUUAGUUGGCUUAACAUUAUAUAGUUAAGUCUUUCCUGAUCAUUACCAAAACUCUAUGAGUAUUGAGAUUGGGAGUGAGAUUGCAUGAAGCGUUGUCUCAGAUGUUCAAGUCGUGCGCAGACGAGUCACUCUUUAGAAAGCUCUUGCUUGAUGGAGUAGAUGGAGGAGAGCAUUGUGUGUAUUUGCAUUUUCAAGCAUGACAAUUACUAACAGAUAUCAAGAAUCGAAAUUGCAUUCUAGUCCUCUUAUUUUGCAACGUUCCUAGUUUAGUUCCUCGACAAGCUUCCCGCAUGGACGCCCGUGUCACUUGACACACUAUACUUCUUUACACGCCUCGUCGUGGAUCUUUGAGUGCCGAUGUAUCACUCGUGUCUCCAUAUACGUGAGUGUGAGCAUGAGUGCAGCGUGUCGAGCCGUGAACGAAGUAACAGCAGUGGCCAGUUACGCAAUGUUGUAUAAACCAUAUUGAAGUAAUCCUUCGAGUAUAUAACCAAAUUUAUCGUUUUGUUUUGGUGUUUUGUUACAAAAUAUUCGUCUCUUUUGCUCUUGAAUUAAUAACCGGAAAUAUUAUUCCUCGUUAGUGGUGAGCAGGAUGGAGACGGUAUUAGCAAGCGGUGGAGAAGAGAGGAGAGAAUAGAAGCAGCGGGAACAAACAUUUGAAAAGGAAGCAGGACUAACUCACACUUGCUUCGGAAAACUUUAUCGAAUUCUACUGAACAUAAAUGUUGUCUCUUCCUCCUUCCGUGCGAUUCCAGAAAUGAAGCUGAUGAUAAAUUGGGCAAGAAGUGAUCAGGAUGUAUUGAAGUAGAGAGAAAGGUGCCAUGGUACAGGUGGAGGAUACAAGGUGCCUCCAUCAUCCGAGAUCCUCAUUGGCCACAUAAGGGCUUAUCACACUUCGAAUUAUCUACACUUUGUACCAGCUCAUCUUCCUCGUCCACUUUGUCUGUCAUUUUAUUUAUCUAUUCAUUUAUUAAUUUAUCCCUUUCAGUACCGUGAUGCGUUCCCAUAUUCACUCUGCUUAUUAUCUGGCGAUUUUAUACAGCUUCAGAAACUCAUGUGAAGGAUUAAAGUAGUGAAGACUGUAGCUAUUAAUCUUCUGACAUUCAUCGGCCCUUGCAAAUGUCAAUAAAAUGGUCUAAUCGUACACAAAUCUCAAGGCAUAAAUGUGUCCCAGUAUUGAAGGGGAUAAUCAAUUCAAGAGAUGGUUACAUUUUUGGUCAGUAGAAGAGUGUUAUGCUCUGCUCACUUACACCGAUCAAAGUUUACUGUUUAAUAAUUUUCCGCAGCCUUAAGUCAUGUGAUAUGCCAAUAGCGUCGGUUAUUAAGUUCCGUUUUAGUUGUGUUGGUAGAUCAAAGGACUAAAGUGAGUGAAAAUUCGAAAAAUAAAUAAAUAAAAACAAGUAAAUAAAUAAACAAAAAUAAUGAUAAUAGCAAAAUUAAUCAUUGAUAAAUAAAUAAUAGUAAUAACAAAUAAAAAUAAACAAAUAGAUAAAUAAAAUAAUAAUAGAAGAAAAAUGCGUGGUAGUGAGAACGGCAGAUUAAUCACUGCUCACAUCAGCACGGCGGUCUCUUUCCCUCUUCUCUGGCUGGCGGUAACGUGUUCCUCGACGUUCGAUAAUAAAAUGCUGUACUACA